UCGUUGCUCGCAUUCAGACCGCUGAGAUAUAAUUCCAAAUCAACUUUACCUUUGUUUGUAAACCAGGAUGAAAACCAGAUUGCGAGUCAGACGAGUUUACAAGUGGAAAGGAGAGCCUCUGAGCUUCGACAGGAAGAUGAAAAACUUUGAAUAUAGAUCUUUGGUUAUCAGUGUGGAGGGUCUACCCAGGCCCACCGUCAUCACCAUGGGUCAGCACAUCCUCAUUGAGGGGGAAGAUGAAGAUAACCCGUACGUGGGCAGAGUGAUCAAGCUUUUCGGGGACGAGGCUGGGCGGCAGAAGAAGGCGGUGGUUCAGUGGUUUGCUCGCGUCUCCGAAGUGCCUGUGAACAAGCUGCACCUGCUCGGCCGAGACCCGCACCCGCAGGAGAUCUUCUACUAUCAGGGAAGAAGCUGCGAUGACGAGAUCGAUGCCGAGUCCAUCCUCAGACCCGUGCAGGUGAAGCAUCUUGAAGGACAAGCUCCGUUCCCAGACUGCGGCGAUAAAGAUACUCUAUACGUGAAGCUGUCCUGGGACACCAAGACUUUCAAGGUGGUGGACUCAUCCCUCGUGUCGCCUUCCUCCCCACCUGGCCGUCCUACAAGCUACCUCAACCGGUCGCCUCCCAGCGUGCCUCCUGCAUCCCGCGGCACGUCCCGUCGAGCGUUGCCGACACCCGAUCCCGAAGUCAUGCGGCGGGCGGCUUCGGCGGAGCAGAGAUACAACAGAGCAAGCAUGAGUGCAGGGAAGCUUGGAGGCAUGGAGGCCGAGUCGGGGCACUCAGCCACUAAAUUGUCGGCUUCAAAAUGUCUGAGCGCAAAGAGAAGGAACGCGUCGGCCAGGACACCUGGAGUGCGCAAGCGGCUGGAGCUCAGCAGUCCAGAGAAGACGUCGACGCUCGGCGAUGACGUCUUGAGUCAGAUACUGGAUGAAGCGCUAGAGUCAGAGCUGGCUCAGAGGCUGUCAUCGUCUCCCCCUCAGGUGCUGCGUCCUUCCCAAAGUUUAAGCCCGCUCUGCAAGACGCACAGAGCAGCCGCCGACCCAGACUCCAUCUCCCUAAAGCCCUCACUUGUCAAGUCUGGCUCUGACAUUCGCGGUCUUCCCUCUCCAGCCAGAGAUGCAGCUUCAUCCCGAGGUACCACUCCUCGAAGUAAAGAGCAGAAAAUCUUGAGGGAACCUUCCCUCGGCGUGUUGCCCGAGGUGGACGAUGAGAACUCUCCCACGCUGCCACUCGGCACGACACCGAGGGGCUCGAAAAGAAAGUCUGCUCGACUGGUGGCGACUCGGAUCAGAAAGCAAUUAAAUCUUCUCAAUGACCCAAAGAGCCUGGACUCGGACACAGGAGACGAGGAGGACUUUGAUCCGUCAAACAGUGCCGUGCAGAGCAGUGAUGAGGAUGAUGAAAUGAGUCACAGUGAUGAAGAAAUACUUGCCAAAAAAGGCAGACAUGCUGCAAUUGUGCCUCGCACGCCUCGUUCGAAGAAAGCUUCAGCCCGGACGCCUCGUAAGACACCCAGCAAGAAGGCAGCACCCGGUACGCCACGCACUCCUCGUCAUGCCACCCCCUCCAUGCCCAGCAGGACGAUGCCAGCCCGACAGCCCGCUAACAUACUGGAAACGGCCCGAACGAGGCUGCACGUAUCAGCGGUGCCCGAGUCUCUCCCCUGCAGAGAGCAGGAGUUUCAGGACAUUUACAACUUUGUGGAAAGCAAAAUCAUUGAUGGCACCGGAGGGUGUAUGUACAUCUCAGGUGUACCGGGGACAGGAAAGACCGCAACAGUGCAUGAGGUGAUGCGAUGUUUGCAGAACGCAGCAAGCAUGGACGAGAUCCCAUCCUUCCACUUCAUUGAGAUCAACGGCAUGAAGAUGACGGACCCUCAUCAGGCCUACGUUCAGAUCCUUGAGAAACUGAGUGGUCAGAAGGCCACAACCGACCACGCGGCUUCCAUCCUGGAGAAGCGAUUCAGCAACCCUGCCCCCAGGAAGGAAACCACCGUGCUGCUCGUGGAUGAAUUGGACCUCUUGUGGACCAGAAAACAGAACGUGAUGUACAACCUUUUUGAUUGGCCAACGCGUCGUCACUCCCGCCUGGUGGUUCUGACCAUUGCAAAUACGAUGGACCUGCCCGAGAGGAUCAUGAUCAACCGAGUGGCCAGCAGGCUGGGUUUAACUCGGAUGUCGUUCCAGCCGUACGGAUUCAAGCAGCUGCAGCAGAUCAUCAUGUCCCGCUUGAACAAAGUGAAAGCGUUUGAGGAAGACGCUCUCCAGCUGGUGUCGAGGAAGGUGGCCGCUCUGUCGGGCGACGCUCGCCGAUGUUUGGACAUCUGCCGCAGGGCCACGGAGAUCUGCGAGCACUCUGCCGCCAAGCCUUCCGUCCCGGGACUGGUGGGGAUGAGUCACGUGAUGGAGGCGCUGAAUGAAAUGUUUUCCUCCACCUACAUCGCCGCCAUUAAGUGUGCGUCAAUGCAAGAGCGGGUGUUCCUCCAGGCGGUUAUUGCAGAGUUUCGGCGGUUGGGGUUGGAGGAGGCAACCUUCCAGCAGGUGUUUGUGCAGCACCAGGCUCUGUGUCGCGUGGAGGGUCUGCAGUCUAUCAGCGUGUCGGAGGGCCUUGCCGCGUGCCAGCGUCUGGGCGCCUGCAGGCUGCUUCUGCUGGAGAACAGUCGCACGGGAACCCUGCAGCGCGUCCGCCUGAAUGUCGGCCAGGAUGACAUCCUCUACGCCUUGAAGUCCGACUGACGAGGUGGGGGGGGGGAAUCGCUUUUUAAUUUAUC